UGUAUACACAUCGUCACCUGAAAGGUUACUUUGAGAAGUUCAGGCACCGUUCUGCAGCAGCGACUACACAAAGUUACGAUUUAGAAGCUUGCUCCACGCGAAGAAGGUUCAUGUCACAGAAGCUUGGCCAUUCACUCAAUGUAGAAACAACUUUAAAUUAGCAUAUAGAAGGAGCUCUCGCGGAAAAUGGAGCACAUCUUCGGCAAGGGCGCUGCGCAGGGCGGUAAAGGCCCCAAGCCCCCACCGGCGCGUGGCGCUGUUGCAGGCGUCAAGGCGGACUAUGAGCGGCUCAAGCAGACGGGGGACUAUGACCCCAAGAACCCCAACGGGGUGGGCAUGGCGUGGACCCACAACUUCCUGAACCAGAAGCCCUGGCACCCCAUGAGCUUCAGGAACCGCAUGAAGGUGUGGGAGCACGAGCAGGACAAGGUGGAGGGCGACAAGAUCAAGGAGAAGGCGCAGGCGGAGUUUGAUGCGGAGCAGGAGUACCUCAAGACGCUGUCGUACCUCAGUGCGGACGAGCAGCGCCGGUACAGGGAGGUGCAGAGCGUGUCGUUCAUGUAUCAGAAGCCGCCGGGGCUGGAUGCGGCGCUGGCGCGUGAUGCGGAAAUGGAGAAGAAGAAAGUCGCACAGCAGGCUGCGUUGGAACCCGGGCCGUCGGCAGCUACUGCAGGCGCCGCAGGCGCCGCGGGGGCAGGGGACGCCGGCGCUGCCGCGGCCGCAGCCGCCCCUGCCGCUACUGCUGCCGGGGCUGGUUCGGGUCCGGACCCGGCGCCGUCACGAGCCGCUAUGGUGGACCGCCUGCGUGAGGACCCCUUUGCGGCCAUGCUGGCUGCCAAGACUGCGCUGCAGAACAACCCCAAGUUCGCGCUGGCCCAGCCUCGAGACGUGGGUGUGUUCGGCGGCAUUCGGCCGGACGCACACAACCAGCAGCUGCUCACGGAGGACCCAGUGGAGAUAGACGCGGCGGCGCAGGACGGCUCGGCGGAGUUGGAGUUCCUGCUGGGGCUGCCGCCGGACCAGCAGCUCAAGGCGCUGAGGCGCAUCGCCAAGAAGCGCAAGAAGGAGGAGGAGGAACGCAAGCUGCGGGAGGCGGAGGCAGUGCUGCGCGCCGCCGGCUACGACCUCACAGCCAUGGAGGCCGGAGGCGGCGGAGGCGGAGGAGGCGGAGGAGGCGGCUCCAAGAGCAGCAAGCACAAAAAGAAGCGGUCAAAAUCCAAGGGACACAAACAUAAAGAGGAGGAGAAGUCGCGGAAAUCCAAGAAGCGGCGGCGCGCUUCUGACUCCGGCUCUGACUCGUCUGACUCUGACUCGCGCUGAGAUGUGGCGCUGCGUGAAGCUAGAUUGGCUUUGACGCAAUGACUCACGUGUGUUAUAAAACCGGGGAAGGAUCCAAAGGCUGGGAUUGACGACCGGGUCAUCACCGGGACGGAGCUGACAGUGACAGUGAGCCAGCCGUUUGGAGCUGAGUUGCUUAGGCAGUUGUGUGCGAGAAGCUGAUGCGGCUGAGCGCCCAGAAGGGACGCGGUAGAGGU